CAUUAUUAAAACCAGACACAUUUGGCUCUUCUUACUACUCAACUCAACUCUGCUAAGAUGCUUUGAACUUGUUUCUAGGGUUUGCAACAAACCAACAACACACAGUGUUGAAGAUGAUGAUGAUGAUGAAAACUUCUCUAAUUGAUUGAUUUUCACAACCAAGUCAACAACAUUUCUAUAAUGCUGGAUUGAAUUUCACUGAUUCUCAAAGAAAUUGCAGCUUGAGAAUUUGCAAAAACCCUUGAUUUUUCUACUACUCUGGAACUUGAAAACCAAGAGUGUUAUGGAGAGGUCUAGAUCUAAGAGAAGCUACUACUAUGACCAAGACUAUGAUUCUGAGACCGUAGCGAGGACCAGGCCGAGGUAUAACCACCACUACAGUGCCAGCUCCCACCGCCACCGUGGCGGCGGAAGGCAUGUUAAGGCGCAGGAGCCGCCGGUGACGGUGACGACGAGCUACCGCAUUCUGUGUCACGACUUGAAGGCCGGCGGCGUGAUUGGGAAGUCCGGCGGGAUUAUUAAGUCCAUCAGGCAGCGGACCGGCGCGUGGAUCAACGUGCAUGAGCUGAUGCCCGGAGAUGAGGAGCGGAUCAUCGAGAUCAGUGACACGCGCCGGCAGGACCCGGAUAGGAGGAUGCCGUCGUUCUCGCCGGCGCAGGAGGCGUUGCUGAUGAUACAUGAGAGGAUCCUGGAGGCUGAUGCGGGGGUUGGGGAGGAGGAUGAGGAGUAUGGAAGGGGUGGUGGUGGUGGUGGCGGUGGUGGGAGUGGCCGUGUUUCGACGAGGUUGGUGGUGUCGAGAAUGCAUGUAGGGUGUUUGAUGGGGAAAGGAGGGAAGAUUAUUGAACAAAUGAGGAUGGAGACCAAGACCCAAAUUAGAAUACUACCAAGAGAUCACAAUCUACCUCGUUGUGUUUCCAUGUCAGAAGAGAUUGUUCAGGUUACAGGUGAUGUUAAUGCUGUAAAGAAUGCUCUAGAAGUUAUAUCAUCCCGAUUGAGGGAGAGCCAACACCGUGACCGUGGUCAUUUUCAUGGACGUGGACAUUCACCAGAACGUUUCUUUUCUCCUGACGAUGAUUAUAUUCCUCGUAGAUCAUCUAUGGACCGGCCUGGUUUUGGAUCACGAAUAGCUACCACCAAUACCAGAAACAAUAGUCACUCCUCAUUAGGUUAUGCAAUGGAGCAAGGGGCUCCUCCUGUGGCUGAUGAUGCACAGCCCUUGUAUGGAGAGGACAUUGUUUUUCGUAUACUUUGUCCAGUUGAGAAAGUUGAUCGUAUUAUUGGGGAAUCAGAUGGAAUUGUAGAGUUCCUUCAGAAUGAAGUUGGCGUAGAUGUAAGGGUCAUCAAUCCUGUUGGCGGUUCAAAUGAACAGAUAGUUAUCGUUACUUCCGAAGAGGGUCCUGAUGAUGUGCUGUUCCCAGCUCAGGAAGCUUUGCUACAUAUACAAACUCGUAUUGUCGAUCUUGUUCUUGAUAAGGACAAUUUUAUAACCACCAGGCUUGUUGUUCCUUCUAGCUACAUUGAAUGCUUAGAUGGAAAAGAUGCAUCACUAUCGGAAAUAAGGAGGUUGACUGGGGCUAAUAUUCAAAUAUUGCCUAGAGAAGAACUACCUUCCUGUGUUGCAAAAACUGAUGAAUUGGUACAGAUUGUGGGAGAGAUAAAAGCAGCCCGAGAUGCUGUUGUUGAGGUGACCUCAAGAUUAAGAAGUUACUUGUAUAGGGAUUUCUUUCAAAGGGACAUAGUACCACCAUCAGCCUCCCUACCUGGUUUUGAGGCAUCUUCUUCCAAUAAUAUUUCUCUAGUUGCUGAAACUUCCUCAAUCUAUCAGAAUGUGCAAAGUAUGGCAGCAGCCCUUCCAUCAAAGGAAAGUGGAGGAUCUAGCUUUGAGGCAGGAAAACAAAAAGAAAGUGACCGUGGAGAUGAUGUGCUCGGCAGUUUAAAUAGGCUUGCUGUGCCUCUCGUCACAAGGAGUACACUUGAAGUUGUCAUACCAGAGUAUGCAGUUCCGAAGCUUACAGCAAAAUCCAGAAGCAAGCUCGCACAGAUAAGUGAGUUAUCCGGAGCCAAUGUGACUCUUGUUGAGGAUAGACCAGAUGUGACGCAGAAAAUUAUUCAGAUAUCUGGUACUCCAGAGCAGGCAGAGAGAGCCCAGAGCUUACUUCAAGGAUUUAUUUUGAGCACUCAAGAAGAUGGCCCUUGACUUAUGGAUACACCAUUGAUUUAGUUAGUGCCCGAGACAUUUUGUUCCAUGCAUGGAUUGGUUUUCCAUGUCUGAGAUUGUUGUUACAAAAAGGUGGAAUUUUCAAUGAGAGAAGUAUUCCCCUGUAAAUGUUGUACCAAGAGAGCUCCUUUGUUCAUUUUGUUUGUAGUACUUAGUACUCCCCUAGUCAUAUGGUUUCAUGAAACUAAAUUCAGCAGCAACAACAGUUGUAUAGUUCAUUUCCGAUGGCCAUUGUACCUCCUAAUUGAACAAAUAUUUUUGAAUCUCAAUCCUGAGCUUUAUGGCAUGCUGGAUUUGUUUUGUUA